GUUGGGUGCACCGGCCGCUAAACGGAUGGCAGAGAGAGAGAGGAGCUGAGCCUGGCAAUACCCAACCCAGCUGUUUGAGUGCCAUCCGUUGUUAUCUUUAAUGCCAAGAUGACCAAGCUGGGAUUUUUGCGGCUGUCCUAUGAGAAGCAGGACACUCUUUUGAAGCUUCUUAUCUUGUCGAUGGCUGCUGUAUUAUCUUUUUCCACACGCCUGUUUGCUGUUCUGAGAUUUGAAAGUGUCAUCCAUGAGUUUGACCCGUAUUUUAAUUAUCGAACUACCCGGUUCCUGACUGAAGAGGGAUUUUAUAAAUUCCAUAACUGGUUUGAUGACCGGGCCUGGUACCCUUUGGGGCGAAUUAUUGGAGGAACAAUUUAUCCAGGUUUAAUGAUCACUUCUGCUACAAUCUACCAUGUGCUACAUUUUUUCCACAUCACUAUUGACAUUCGGAAUGUCUGCGUUUUCCUGGCCCCUCUCUUCUCUUCCUUCACUACCAUCGUUACAUAUCAUCUUACCAAAGAGCUCAAGGAUGCAGGUGCUGGACUCCUUGCUGCUGCCAUGAUUGCUGUGGUUCCUGGGUAUAUAUCCCGGUCUGUGGCAGGUUCUUAUGACAAUGAAGGGAUUGCCAUCUUCUGUAUGCUGCUCACCUACUAUAUGUGGAUUAAGGCAGUAAAGACAGGCUCUACCUACUGGGCUGCCAAAUGUGCUCUUGCCUAUUUCUACAUGGUCUCCUCAUGGGGAGGUUAUGUGUUUCUGAUUAACUUGAUCCCUCUUCACGUACUGGUGCUGAUGCUGACAGGGCGAUUCUCCCACCGGAUCUAUGUGGCUUACUGUACUGUUUACUGCCUGGGGACCAUCCUUUCUAUGCAGAUCUCCUUUGUUGGCUUCCAGCCUGUCCUAUCAUCAGAGCACAUGGCAGCCUUUGGGGUCUUUGGUCUGUGCCAGAUCCACGCCUUUGUGGACUACCUGCGUAGCAAGCUGAAUCCUCAACAAUUUGAAGUCCUCUUCCGAAGUGUUAUCUCCUUGGUGGGUUUCGUCCUGCUCACUCUGGGAGCUGUCCUCAUGCUGACAGGAAAAAUUUCUCCCUGGACGGGUCGUUUCUACUCUCUGCUGGAUCCUUCUUAUGCUAAGAACAACAUCCCUAUCAUUGCCUCUGUGUCUGAGCAUCAACCUACCACUUGGUCCUCUUACUAUUUUGACCUUCAGCUCUUAGUCUUCAUGUUCCCAGUUGGUCUCUAUUACUGCUUUAGCAACUUGUCUGAUGCCCGGAUCUUUAUCAUCAUGUAUGGUGUGACCAGCAUGUACUUUUCAGCUGUCAUGGUACGUCUGAUGCUAGUUCUCGCCCCAGUGAUGUGCAUUCUUUCUGGAAUUGGGGUCUCCCAGGUCCUCUCUACCUACAUGAAAAACCUGGAUAUUAGUCGCCCAGAUAAGAAGAAUAAGAAGCAACAGGACUCUACCUAUCCUAUCAAGAAUGAGGUUGCAAGUGGGAUGAUCUUGGUCAUGGCUUUUUUCCUCAUCACCUAUACUUUCCAUUCAACAUGGGUCACCAGUGAAGCCUACUCUUCUCCCUCUAUUGUGCUUUCUGCCCGAGGUGGAGAUGGAAGCAGGAUCAUAUUUGAUGACUUCAGAGAAGCAUACUACUGGCUUAGGCACAACACUCCAGAGGAUGCAAAGAUCAUGUCAUGGUGGGAUUAUGGCUACCAGAUCACAGCUAUGGCAAAUAGGACAAUCCUAGUGGACAACAACACGUGGAACAAUACUCACAUUUCUCGAGUAGGCCAGGCUAUGGCAUCUACAGAAGAGAAGGCCUAUGAGAUCAUGAGAGAGCUUGAUGUCAGUUAUGUGCUGGUUAUAUUUGGUGGCCUCACUGGAUAUUCUUCUGAUGACAUUAACAAGUUUCUGUGGAUGGUCCGGAUUGGGGGAAGCACAGACACAGGCAAGCACAUCAAGGAGCAUGACUAUUAUACUCCGACUGGGGAGUUCCGUGUUGAUCGAGAAGGUUCCCCAGUGCUCCUCAACUGUCUCAUGUACAAGAUGUGUUACUACCGCUUCGGACAGGUCUACACAGAAGCCAAGCGUCCACCUGGUUAUGAUAGGGUCAGAAAUGCUGAGAUUGGUAACAAAGAUUUUGAGCUUGAUGUCCUAGAAGAAGCAUAUACCACAGAACAUUGGCUUGUCAGGAUAUACAAGGUAAAGGACCUGGACAACAGAGGCUUGUCAAGGACAUAAUCAUCAUCUUCACCUCCAGUAUGCAUCGCACUGAAUUUGUCUUCACCUAGGAUGCCGCAGACAUUGUUUUUUUAUAUGCAGUUUGUAAGAACAGGGCAGGAUGGGAUUGAAAUUGCCUGGAAAUUUUGCCCUGGACAAUAUAGACCGGGCCAGGUGGAAUGAUUUUUAUAAUUAUAAGCAGGUUACCAAAUGAAAUAUGUCAUGGCUUUACCAUGGUCAAUUAAAGGGGGAAGAAAAAUUUUUAAA